AUGGCCUUUUCUGCUAAAGCAACCUUCACUUCAUCUCCGAAUAUUCCAUUUCCUCAAGACCAAACUCCAAAAGCUUCCAAGUUUUUCUGCCAAAUAGAAUUCAAGGCUGCCCUUAAUCCUAGCAAUUGGAGCAUCACCCAUGAGAACAGCUUGCCUUCUACUUUCUCAAAUCAGUUGAUCUAUCUAGAUGAUGAACAGUCCAGCAUUAUUAAAGAUGAUUUUAACAUGAAGAAUCAUAAGAAAAAGUUGAGAUCAUUAAUGCAUAAUGUAAACAAAGAGGGUGAAGAUGCAGCCCAAGGUUUGGCAAUGGUUGAUGCCAUCCAACGCCUUGGCAUUGAGUAUCAUUUUCAAGAGGAAAUUGAUAUGAUUCUGCAAAGGCAUUAUAUGAUGCAUGGCACUUAUAAUUAUAAUGAUCUUCAUGAGGCUGCCCUUGGCUUUCGACUUUUGAGACAAGAGGGUUACCACGUUCUUGCAGGAGUAUUCGACAACUUCAAAGACAGGGAGGGCAAAUUCAAGCAGAAUGUAGAUUAUGACAUCAAAGGACUAUUGGGUUUAUAUGAAGCUUCACAGCUGAGUAUAGGAGAAGAAGAUCAUAUACUUGAUGAAGCUGGAGACUAUAGCUACCGGCUUCUAAAUUCAUGGGUGACACAGCUUGACGAUAAUCAAGCUAGAGCAGUAGAGAAGACGCUGGAGUACCCACAUCACAAAAGCUUGGCCAGGUUCAUGGCCAAACACUUCAUUAGAGACUUGCAAGGAGGAAAUAUUGGGUGGAUGAAUGAACUGCAACAACUUGCUAAGUUGGAUUUUACGAGGGUCCAAUCUCAGUGCCAACAAGAAAUUCUUCAAAUAUCAAGGUGGUGGAAAGAUCUCGGAUUAUCCGCAAAGCUAAAGUUCGCAAGAAACCAACCACUAAAAUGGUAUAUAUGGUCCAUGGCAACUCUCAAAGAUUCAAACUGGUCAGAACAGAGGAUAGACCUUACAAAAUCUAUAUCUUUUAUUUACCUAAUAGAUGAUAUUUUUGACGUUCAUGGCACUCUCGAUGAACUCAUAUUAUUUACAGAAGUUAUCAAAAGAUGGGACAUUUCUGCCGCCGAACAAUUGCCAGAUUAUAUGAGAACAUGCUUCAAGGCUCUCGACAACGUCACUAAUGAAAUUAGCUACAAGGUCUACAAGCAACAUGGUUGGAACCCAGUAAACUCUCUACGUAAAGCGUGGGGAAGUUUGUGCAGUGCAUUUCUAGUAGAAGGACGAUGGUUUGCUUCUGGGCAAUUGCCGAGUGCUGAAGAAUACUUGGAAAAUGGGAUUGUGAGUUCAGGUGUACAUGUAGUUCUAGUUCACGUUUUCUUUCUUCUUGGUCAUGGUUUAACAGGAGAAGCUGUUGAGUUGGUUAAUAGUUAUCCGCCAAUAAUAUCUUCUUCAGCUACAAUUCUUCGGCUAUGGGAUGAUCUGGGAACUGCCAAGGAUGAGGAUCAAGAUGGACAUGAUGGAUCAGAUAUAGAAUGUUACAUGAAGGAAAACGAAGGAUGUAAGGUGGAAAAUGCAAGAGAGCUGAUAAAGCAGAAGAUUUCAGAAGCAUGGAAACAGCUGAAUUAGGAAUGUCUGUUUAGGAUCCCAUUCUCGUCAACUUUCACCAAUGCUUGUCUGAAUCUUGCAAGAAUGGUCCCAUUGAUGUAUAAUUAUGACCACAACCAACGCCUUCCUGUUCUUGAAUGCCUCGUCAAUUCUCUGCUCACAGAAACUGCACCCCAGUGGAGCCCCGCAGGCAACUCAGCACCCUGCGGCAAUUACGUUGAGUCUCGGCACAAAGUUACUGUUAUCAAAUACAAUCUAGUGUAUUUCCAUUACGCCUGUAAUCGUGGGAUCACCGACCUAUCCACUGACGAUAUCCCUUAUCAGGCAGUUAGUCACAUUAUCACUCGAUUAUCAGGGAAUACUGUUGCUACCGAUAAACACGCUAUCAUUUCUUCUACUCUUAGCAAUGGACAAGGCACACCGCUUAUGGCCAGUGAAGCAGAUUCCAACAAUCAGAGCAUUGAGCAAAUACUCCAAUAUGUUAAAAGGUUGCAGGUUAUUCGAGCAAUACAAAGCUCAGAAAGAGGCGUCACUCAUGGCUCCCAGGAGAAGGGAAGAAGUCUCCGUAGGUACCCUAGGGACUCGGACAGAGGCAACCCAAACGUGGUUCAAAGGGAAGGACAAGUUUAA